AUGUCGGUGGAAAUUGAGCCUCUUGAGUUGAGCUUUCGACGCCCCUUCACCGUCGAGGUGUCGCAAAUCCUCACAAUCAAGAACCCAAACACCACACCUGUUGCUUUCAAGGUUAAAACCACAGCCCCAAAGCAAUACUGUGUUCGUCCCAACUCUGGCCGAAUCGAGCCUGGACAGGACUUUGAUGUUACUGUCCUGCUCCAGGCUAUGAAACAGGAGCCAGCUCUUGAUGCCAAAUGCCGUGACAAGUUUUUGGUUCAAUCUGCUCCCAUCACUGGCGACAAGGAGUUCACUAGCAUUGCCAAUGUGCUUGAGUCCACCGAGAAGGGCUCCCUCCAGGAGCGCAAGAUCCGCGUGAACUGGCUUCCACCCAAGUCGGAAGAGACAUCGGAACCGACCCCUGCUGUCCUGGCGACGCCUAACAAGCAAACCGCUAUCAAUGGAGGGGCCACUGAUACCCCCAACGCUUCGCAAUCUUUCUCAUCGCCUGCCGCCCACCUCGACUCUUCGCCUUCGACCGCGCCCCCCCCGUACCCCGAGAUUAAGACUGAAGAGGCUGAAGAGCCGAAGCUCGAGGCAAUCAAGGCCGCCCCAGCACCUGUCAAGGCAGCAGCUGCCGCGGUGGUAUCUGCUGCUACCACCACCGCAGCUUCAGUUAAGGACACUGUCGACCAGGAAUUGAAGAAGCGCAAUGUCUCCAGCGGCGCGACUGCUACUGCCGAGAGGCCUGCUGCCCCUCGCACCGCCCAGGCUGUGGUGCCAACUGUACAAGGCGUGCCUGUUAAGACCACAGCUCUCCUCUGCUUCUUGGCCUUCCUGAUUGCCUACCUCUUCUUCUGA